UGCAGAUUUCCGGUCUAUGGCUAUUCUCCCUCGGAUUCACAACCCAUACCACCAUGAAUUGCUCCCUUCAGAGAUCUGGAUGACUUUCCACAGCCGCACCAUCCCUGCCUUGUUCCGCGAGAUCAUAGUCUGCUUCAGUGCUUGGGAAAGCUGGCUGUCCGGGAUGUCGGACGACGAGCUUGACGAAACGCGUUCGUCGAGGGCGUUCGCCGUGGUGAGGGUCCUCGAGAUAGAGGCUUACAUGCAGAAUGGGUCCGGAGGGGUGUUCGAGAAUUGCUGCUUGAUUGAAGCCAUCCAAUGCCUGCCCAACCUCGAACGCUUCUUAUGGAUGGGAUGCAGUCCGUUACCGUCCCUCGGAGUAGUGGAUGCUCUUGCUGCGUCGUGUCCGAGGCUACGAGGCCUCAUGCUGCCGUAAGUAGUGAUGUUGGCUGACAGCACGUCUGUGCAUUCAUAUCACCAAAUUCUAGGAUCUUCGCGUUCGCCAAACUUCCGUUCCACAAGUUAAAAAGCGUCCGCUCGAUGACUUUCAUUGGACAAUCGAAGAAAUAUCCGACCCACUCCUGGACGAGCGAACUGUAUUUCUUCUUCCCAACACCAGCUAGCGUCAGCUCGCUCGGAAGCCUUUUACAGCAGAUCACGCAUCUCAGUCUGCUGUUCCUCCGUGAUCUUGGCCAUCUCGAGGUUGUCCUGCAGAACCUGCCUCACGUCCAGUCACUCACACUACAGGCCUCGCGAGAUACCCAAGAAGCGCAGCUCUUCGCCGCAUUCAAGCAUGGUCCCUUCAACUU